GCACAGAAGGCGCAAGCUUGCGCUGCAAGUCGAAACGAGUCUAUAGUCUAUAGCAGUCCUUACACAGUCCGAAGGAGUAUGGUCGCUUGUACAGAUUUCUGUGAGUGACAAGUAUCGGCUUUUUAAAUUAAAGAAAAAAAAACGUAAAAUAAUGAUUUAUCAUAACUGAAGUGAGCGGAAAUUAGUGUAAUGAUUAAAGAUAUGGCUGAUGAUGAGGCCAUACAGGCCACCAACGAUGAUGCAAGUGAGUGCAAAAGGUACGCGGUUCAACUUGGUUACUGGUCUGAUCCAUUUAUCAACUUUUUCGUAAAACAAACUGGACGAAAAGCGCCUGAAAUCAAUCGUGGUUAUUAUGCGAGAGUAAAGGGAAUCGAAGUGUUUGUUGACAAAUUUCUCAAGCUAUCUGGUGAAAAAGGACAAAUUAUAAAUUUGGGUGCUGGAUUUGAUACACUUUAUUGGAGACUCAAAGAAGCAGGAAAAAGUCCAGCAAAUUUUAUAGAACUUGAUUUUCCCAAUAUCACUGCUAGAAAAUGCUAUCACAUCAAAAAGCACAAACAAUUGAUAGAUAUGUUGAAUACAGAAGAUGGAGAAAUUAGAUUUUCAACAACAGAUCUACAUGCUGCCAAUUAUCACUUGGUGGGAAUAGAUCUGCGGCACAUAUCUGAACUUAUCAAUAAAUUAUCACAGGCAGAAGUUAAUUUUAACUUACCAACCAUGUUCCUUACAGAAUGCGUCUUAGUGUAUGUAGACACUAGUGCAGCUUCUGCGUUGUUAAAAUGGCUUGCUGGAAAAUUUCCAAACAGUAUUUUUGUUAAUUAUGAACAAGUAAACAUGAAGGAUAAAUUUGGUCAAGUUAUGUUAUCUAAUUUACGUACUCGUGGAUGUUUACUGGCAGGUGUAGAAGAUUGUGAAUCUUUGGAAACUCAACAAAGACGCUUUACAAUAAACAAUUGGGAAGGUUCUAAUGCAUGGACAAUGGUAGAGGUCUAUGAUUCACUGCCUCAAACUGAGCGUAAUCGAAUUGAACAUAUAGAAAUGUUGGAUGAACGAGAGCUUUUGAUUCAGUUAUUGCAACAUUAUUGUAUCUCAGUUGCUUGGAAUGGACAAACAUUUAAAAAUAUGUCUAUAGCACAGGGUUAGCUUUCCUAACUCCUGUAAGUUACUCCAGGUAGUAAUACUGUAUCAUUAAAAGUCUAUAAGCUUGUAAGUACAUAUGUGGAAACUAAUAAUACAAAAUCAUUGUUUAUUAAUGAAAUGAAUAAAUUUUAAACUUGAAUUUUCGUCUGAAUUAAAUUAAUAGGUUUGUUUAGAAUACUUAUAUAUUCAGUAAAAUUAAUGUUAUUUUGAAAAAUAGUAAAUUCUAACUUAACUGAAAAUAUAAUAGACAUCCUUCGACGGUAUGACAGCUGAGAUGAUUCUUAACAAAUUUUUCCUUUAUCAAAAUGCUUGUUAAGGCUUAGUUUUUGAAUUAUUAAUGAAAAACACCGACCAAUCAGAGCACACACAGAGCACGGGAGUAUUACCUACGAGAACCGAACUCUACCGCGGUCGCGAGUAAACUAACCGCUGCGUCGGUUCGUAGCCUACACUUGCGCGGCUGCGCCUGCGCACUGAGUGCGCUUUGAUUGGGCGGCGUUUUUAAUUAUUAAUUCACAAACUAAGCCUUAACGAGCAUUUUGGUAAAGAAAAAAGUUGUUCAAAAUCAUCCCACCUACCACCCCUUCAAAGGAUGCCCACCCCUUCCUGAAUUUUUUUUAUUAUUUUUUUUUUUUAAUAUACAAUUUGUAUAUCAUUGCUUAAACAAUACAUAAAAACAAUGAUUUAGUACACAGAUAUUUAAUUUCAUUGUAUUAAGUUUUGUUUUCAUUAUGAUUAUAUUUGUGUGCUAUAAAUUUCAUGAUAUUUGUAAUGAAAAAAUAACAUUGAUGAAAGUUUGAAAUUCUUUCAUGUCUUUGAACUGCUAAAUAUAAAAUAAAGUUCAACAGGAUAAACUCA